GCUGCUGAUGGUGUCAGAGUCAGUCUUCAUCUGUUCCAUUUUACACCCAGUUUAAUGACUAACAAGCGUCCACUGAUUCUGAGUAUUGAUCGCUCACUCUGAUCCGUUAAGUGUCUGAAUUGAUCCCGCGGUGCUUCGAGGAAAAAACAAUCAUGUGUUGAGAUCUGUGCGUCAUCGGGACACCGGCGGCGGCAGCGGCGGGUGGCCGCGACGCGUAACUGCUUCUCCGUCGUGCCUCAGACCUGAGCGAAGGGGGGUCAGUAAGUGCACACACCGAUCACCGAUCAGCGCGUUAAUUGAAUCCACCAAACAACCAAUCCGUCGCGACCGGAGCGCCUCAAUCCGGAUGACCUCCGGAGUGACGCGUGUCUCCGGUGAGAAUGCGGAGGGAGCAGCGCCGGAGGAGAUGCGCAUAUCUGCAGGUACUCUAGCGCUGUCGUAAAACAAGAGACAAGAGGGAGUCAGCGAACAUUAAAGCGAUGCCAGGGGUAACCAAGUACAAUUUAGUAGAUGACGCGCACGAUUUAAGGAUCCCCAUGCACAACGACGAGGUGUUUAAGCAUGGGGUCUGCUUCGAGGCAAAGUACAUCGGCAGUCUGGAGGUGGGCCGACCUGGCAGCCGAAUGGAAAUAGUCGCUGCUAUGAGGAGAAUCAGAUAUGAAUUCAAACUGAAGAAUAUAAAGAAAAAGAAGGUCAACAUUGUCGUUUCCACCGAUUGCAUCAAAGUGAUUUUGCGUAAAAAGAAGAGAAAAGGGUGGUCAUGGGAUGACAACAUCACCUUGGUGACACAGGAUCCCAUCUUCAGGAUCUUCUAUGUCUCACAUGAUGCCCAAGACUUGAAGAUCUUCAGUUAUAUAGCGAGAGAUGGACAGAGCAACAAUUUCCGCUGCAAUGUUUUCAAGUCAAAGAGAAAAUCUCAAGCAAUGAGGAUCGUGCGGACGGUGGGUCAGGCGUUCGAUGUGUGUCACCAGCUGACCCUGCAGCAGAAAAGCGAUGACCAAGAGGAUGAGGAGGGGAGGGCGGAGGAAUCUGAGGCAAUGCCAGCAAAGAAGAGGUUUGUAUUGUCAGAGGAGACCGACCUUGAAGCCACUACAGAAGAGAGCAUCGAAGAGUGUGCCUCUUCAUCAGACCUGGAGAAGGGCAAAAAGGAAGAGGCCCUCUGUAACGAUGGAAAGAACCAGAUUUCCUGUCAGGUGUCCGAUAACCCGUCUCUCCUGCUGAGCUCCCCCAUACUUGGAGCCUGUGUGUCGGGUCAGUCAGCAGCAGAAGCUCCCUGCUCUGACGAGCACCAGGUCCAACUCCUCCAGAGACAACUUCAGCAGCAGGAACAGCAGGCACUGGCAGCUUCAGCACAGGUCCACGUGCUCCAGGAGCAGCUGUCGGUGGAAGUGUGUGCACGCACUGAUGCCCAGGCCAGGGUGCAGAGGUUGCUGCAGCAGAACACCGACCUGCUGCAACACAUUUCCCUGCUGGUCAAACAGAUACAGGAACUGGAACUCAAAGCUGCUGGUCGGUUAACAUCUAUGGGCUCCCAGGACAGUCUUCUGGAGAUCACUUUCCGUGCCAAACCCUCCACUACGCCCCGUGAACCCCUCACCACUUCCUCAUCUAUGGGCACUUUAGCAACUCAGUCACUGCUCCAGAUUAGUGACAGUGCCUGGGUCCCUGGACCCUGCUCUCCAGGCACCAGGGGUAUGGACACCAGUCCUCUGGGGCUCAGCAGCAGUGGAGUUCGGCUCGAGUGCUUCCGCUUCUCUUCGAGGGGGCCGGAGAGCCAGGAGCAGGGGCUGGACACAGGGGAGACUCCCAGUGAUGGAGUCCCAGAUGACAGCUCGCUACUGGGGGAGCAAGUCCUGGGAGCCCUGGAGCUGCUCCGAUUUAGGGAGUCAGGGAUCGGAUCAGAGUACGAAUCAAACACAGAUGAGAGUGAUGACCGGGACAGCUGGGGGCAGGGGGAGGGGGUCAUGGCUGACGGUGCUGCUCGACUUUUAAAUGUGCUGAAUGCAGAGAGUCUGCCGGACUGCUUAGGGGAUGAGAUGGCUGUGUAGUGGUGCUCUUAAGGCUACACAAGACAUCGUUGCACUUGCAGCUCAGAAUCUGAAGGACUUUAUUACACAGAAAUCAUGUGUCGUGACAUCCGUAAACUGUGUCUGAUACUGGACAGAGCGCUUACACACCACUGCUCUGAGUAAAGUUUUGAAUUUUACCUUCAGAUUUUGGUUUUAGUGUACACUGAGACAACGUCAAACCAGUAUGAGUGGUGGAACUUAGAAGAUUAUUAAAAACAGAAAGGCAGAAAGUAUAAUUGAAUUCAUAAAUUUGAUUGUAAUGCUUAAGUUAACUUGCUUGCAACCUUAAUGAUUUCAUAAAAGCAAACUUGAUUUGAUAAAAUGAUGGUGAGUCAAUAUCAUUCAUCGCGUCUACGAAUGUCCAGUGAUAAAUACUCACACCAAAUAAUAAGCUAAUAUCAAGUUAUAAUAAUAGGACUCCACUGAGCCCUCAUUAUUAACAAUGUUUAAUAAGUCAAGUGUGUUUUUAUCAAAUCUCUUUAGCAAAUAAAUGGAAACGAGACGGAAGAGUCUGAGGCAAUGCUAUAGAGCUAACUGCUAAUGUCAGCAUGCUAACAUGUACUGUAUGUAUGUAAGCACACCUUUAGUAUUUCUUCAUUUCUCAGCUCCAUUGCAGCUCCAAAGCCAAACUACUUCUACUAGUACUACGGUAAUUCUAGACUUUGGCACAGUGCAGCUUUAUUCAAACCUCGGACUGUCAGAUAGUAUAAACACUGUGGUGUUUCAGGUUCUGUCUGUGUGUUACAUACUGUGUGCGUGUCAGUUUGAUGAUCGUUGUACCUUAUAUACAUUCAAUUCCCUGACUUGGUGCCAUCGCCACUCGCUGGGCUUGUUACACUGUGGUCGUGUCUGUGUUUAUGGAUUUGUGACACAUCUGGCAUGGACAUGGUCAUUUUGUCUGUUUUCUAAUGGAGAUCUGUGAAGACGAAAAAUACCUUUUUGCCAAGUCUGUCACUGUCACUGGAUAUGACACAUUUUUGGAGUGUGAAAAUUAAAACCUUGCUGUGCUUGUUAUGACACUUAAUCUGUAAUUACACAUGGGUUUAAAAAUGAGCAUGUAUCUCUCAUAUUUAUGUUUUUUUAAAAAAUACAUUCAUUCAUUGUAUAUGGUUUGAUUAACUCGUGCAUUGCAAAAAAGAAAACAUAGCAUGUCUUUAUCCUCUUUAUCUCACUGUGUGCAGGUGCUGCUACAUUCUGGUCUGUUUAAAAAUGUAGUCACCACGUACUGUAUUAGACGUUAAUGCCGUACUGCAGCACGAUAAACUGCUGCAUCACUGUUACUCCACCCUACAGAUAAAUUGUUUGGAAAGUCCUAAAGUACCAGUUCAGAAAAAGAUGGAGGCGUAUAAGACUUCUGGACUCGCUUCAUAUUCUUCUGGCCAGCUGUCGCACCAGCUCCUCCUCGCUGACUGUGAGCCAGCUCAUUGAAUCACUGAACUAGGGGACGUGUCUUUGAGCUCUUUCCAAAAUCGAUUAAUCUCUUCCUGGCCCUCCUCUUUCCCUCUUCCUCUUCCUCACACACCUCUCCCUUUUUUUCCCUAAAGCUUGUCACCUCUCUCCCGCUCUCUUGCACUCACAAUCUGUCUGCUGUAUCCAUCGAUCCAUAUUUCCUUUGUCAAUUCUUCCCAAGGUUGUGUCUGUUCUCACGAAGUGUACUAAAAAUUAAAGUGCACUUAUAUCGAUCUUUCUCCUUGUGGAAUUACAUGCCCUUUCUCAAAUGCCGUCUGGUGUCAUGAUAUGUUCAUAGCAUUUGGUGUGACUCACUAAUUGCUGAAAUGAAUCCACGGAUGAUUUAACACAGAAAUAUGUCUCCAACAUAAUGAUAAGCGGCACCCGUUCCCGGGAUGACCUUUUCAAAAUGCUCGUUAGUAUUUAUAAUUGGGUGAGAAAAUGCAUUGUGGGCUUGUGGAAGGCCUUUUGUGAGGGUGAUGGCUCUCUAUUAUUGUUACAUAUACACCAGCUGUGGUCAUUAAACAGGGUCAUCUCCCAUUACGCUCACUGUGUGUGCAGACAGCUGCAGCUUCAUGUAACGUUGCAGAUAAGCUGUAAAAAUAUGAAGAAUAUCAACCAUUACCCACCCACAUCCAGCCACGACACCCUGCAGCUCCGCUAGUGCAGCUGACACGGAUUGUGGGAGGUAUCCAGGACGCCGUUGACUCUCAUUUACCUGAUUCUAACGAUAAGUGGUUAUAGUAUCAUUCUGCUCACCCCCUCAAGUAUUCUGCAUGUAGAAUACAUUCAAAAAACAUU